AUGGGGCGCGAUCGUGGCUCACCAAUGAAUCGAUCUCGCUUGGCUCAGAAAUAUCCUCCAGGCCUUGUGAAUGCCAUCUUGCUUGCCUAUGCCAUCUCCAUCGGCAUUGCCCACAACUUGCUCUACAUGAUUGAAGGCUCCAAGAUGCUGCAGUUUGAUGCCUCUUUUGAGAACAACAUGGUGAUGAGUGGAUUGGUCCAACAACCUGAGGAAAUCUACAAACUGACCAACGACCAGAUCACGGAGAUCUACCCCUUGGACGAAGAGAUGGAGCCCAAGGAGAACUUCCCAGGAACUCAUCCACUGUCACUAGAGGCCCUUGUGAAACGUGCCCAUGAUGGUCUAGGACAUCCGGGCAAGGAGAGAUUCCUUCGUAUCCUCGCCAACAGCAAGGCUAGUUCCAAGGUGAUGGAGAUUGCAAAAUCACUGAAAUGCUCAGUGUGUGAAAAGUUCCGACUUCCCCGGCCUUCGAGGGCGGCCGCACCUCCGAAGGAGAUUGGUUUGAACGAGAUUGUGGGGAUUGACACCAUCCAAUUGAGAGCUCCCUUCUCAAACAAGACCAAGUACUGCAUCAACAUUGUGGACUACAGCAGUCAUUUCCAGCUGGUGGUCCCAUUGACGGGACACACUGCCGAAGCUACACGAGCUGGAUAUCGACUGUGGCUGAAGAUUUUUGGAGCUCCUCGCAAACUUCUUUGCGAUCUUGGCCGUGCAUUUCAAAAACAAUUUGAGACGUUGGCUGAAGCUGAUGGCAGUGAGCUUCUUCCAUCGUCCUUGGAGACACCAGAGCAACGAGGAUUUGUGGAACGACACGGCCAACUCUUCAAGGACGUCUUCUACAAGACGAUUGAACAGACAAAGUGCUCCACAUGGGAUGAGUGGUACCAAACUAUUGAUUUGGCCUGCAGUACCAAGAACAGAUUAUCCACUCGGGGAGGCUAUUCUCCGGCUCAACGAGUUUUUGGAUACCAACAACGUAUCCCUGGUGGACUAAUGUCGGAUGGUGAAGAUGAUCUUGCAGUACAAAGUUUGGCAGCCGCAGGUGACACUGGCGUCACCAGGGCAAUGAUGAUUCGAAAAGCGGCCUCACAGGCAUUUCAUGAAGUUGAUUGCCAACAAGCGGUUCGAGCUGCAGCUACCCAUGGUCCUCGACCUCAUUUUGCCUAUGAGACUGGUCAAGCCGUGUAUUUCUGGCGAAGAGGCACAGAUGCAGCCAGGAAACCAGCCAUUUACUUUUGGCAUGGUCCAGCCAGGGUAGUUGCAACACAGUUGCCAACCACUGUGUGGCUUUCCUACAACCACCACUUGGUCAAGGCAUCACCAGAAAAACUUCGUCCAGCGUCCGAGGAAGAGUUCUACUCUAUCUCUGGGUGGCUUGAAGGUAUCUCAAACGCCAAGAAACAGUUUGAGACAGAUAAGAUCAAGGGCAUGAUUGACCUAUCUCAAGAAAAUGAUGACCUACCUCCUACAGAACAACAAGAUUCUUGGCGCCGAGAAGGCAACUUCUGGAUUCGGGUCCAUGAACUUCCACGACGAGAACUAUUUCGCCCUGAUCAUGAUCUCUCCAAACUACCAGUUCAUUUGGACCAAUUGCUGCCGUGGAGAAAGACAAUCAUGGCCAUCACUGAUGGCGAGCAGGAGAUUCUUGAAGAUGAAUGGAUCCAUGGACAGGACUUUCCUAGCCAUGGACAUGAAUGGACUGGAGAGACAUGGUUUGAGGAGAAACCUGCACCUGAAUCACGAGAGCAUCUCAAGCGACCAGCAGAUCCGCUGGUACCCAGAGCUCGGAUCACUCAGAAAGCCAAGAUUGAUCCAGAGCAGAUGAUUCCACUGUCACAAGCUCCUAUGGCUAAACCUGAGCAACCAGCAGUGGUAAUCCCUUCUACGAGGACCCCAGAGAUUGAGGCUCCACCGGGACUUCCUGCUCCUGAACCUGAACAACCAGUUCCUCCUGAACCAGAAGCUUCAGAAUCAACACCUUUGACUCCAAUGGAUGCCUCUGGCGAAGAAUCUACUCCUGAUGACCGCAAGCGGGUCUUUGAUGAAGUUCUUCAACCAGAGGGUGCUUGGGAGGAGUUGCCAGCUUCCAAGCGCACCAGGCUUGAAUUGUUGGAGAUCUACUUCACUACUAUCUCCAACAAGUCGGCCACCAGACAAAGAAAGGGAAAAGAAGCAACCACCAAAGACUUUCAAGGCCGAGAUCGAGAGCGACUCAUGCGAGCCAUUCAGAAGGAGUUCAACAACAACCUGGGUGCAUAUGAACUCCUUUCUCCACAGGAAUCAGCACUAGUUCGAGCACAGAACCCGGAGAAGAUUAUGAAGUCUCGCUAUGUUCUCACAAAGAAGCCCAUUGAGGACUUUGCCCUUGAAGAUGCCAUCUCAGCGAAUGAGGUGCUGGAUUCAUCUGAACCAGAUCAACCUGCGAAGGCGAAGUGUCGCCAUGUCAUGCAGGGCUACUCAGAGGCGGCACUCCUUGACUUAGAGACGAGCACUCCUCAGGUGCAUCGAGAUUCUGUCAUUUUUGCUGCUCAAGUCAUGGCUAGCAUGCGUAAAACUGCGCUGAUUCAGCAGUCAUUUCCCCGACCUUUGAUACGCGACCUUAUCAAUGCGAACCAGAUUGCGAAAGAAGCGUUGGACUUCAAGGAGCUUGGCAUUCGAGUGAUGCCUAUUCCUCUUGAUCGACUUCAUGCUGGUGUGGUGACUGACGCAUCGUGGGGGAACUCCAAGGAAUUUGGAUCAUAUCUUGAGACCAGCGCCACCAACGACUGGUGGGAGGAAACGGACCAAUCUUGGAUUCAUCACCAUGUUGAUGCGCGGACGACAGGGUUUCAUGCAGCAGCCUGUGCUGAUGGACCAGACCUUCACCAGCUUUUACCAGAUCGUCAUACUGAGAUUAGAAAUUCUCAGAGAAGCACCUCCGUCCAGGACAUGUGGACCACUAGCGAUAGCAUCAGAUCUAUGUCAUCAACACCUUGGACCGGAAGAACGACUUUCUACAAGCAGACCGAGGGCAACCUUCUUGACGCCAAGGACAUUCAUGCCGGUUACGACCAGCUGAAUAAGCUCUUCAGCCAGGGUGGCGAGAUUGUCAUCUUCUAUGACAAGGACCUGCCGAAGUCCCAGACCCUCCAGAAUGUCUCUUUGGCGUCCUGGAAAAGCUACAGAUUGAAGCGACGAACAGUCAACACUUUGAGCUCUGAGACACAGGCCUUGGUCCGUGGGUUGAGCUCAGUUCAUUGGUACCGAGUUCUCAUCCUAGAAGCUCGUGGUCUCCAUCUGUCAGCUCGAGAAUGGCAUCGCGAAGUAGCUCAACUUCCAUUCAUUUGUGUCACUGACUCUAAGUCAUUGUAUGAUACAAUUUGCAAAUGCACCAAUCCUGCAUCACAAUGUGAAGAUAAGCGUACUUCGAUUGACAUCUCCUUGAUCAAACAAGAGAUCGCUGAGCUCAAUGGCACGAUUAGAUGGAUUGAUGGUCGUACCAUGUUGGCUGAUAGCCUCACCAAAGAAAGCAAAGCAGAUCUCCUACGACAUGUCAUGAGAACUGGCCAAUGGAGCAUUUUGGAAGAGGGUUCAGCCCUUCAGAGGAAACUCCUCGAAAGAACAUCUCGUCAUGAGGUGCUAUUUAUUUUCUAA